UGCUGGAACAAGAGCAGAUAGAAAUGAUACAGAUGAGAAUGAAGACGAAUAUUCAAAUUCAAUGGCAAACAAAGCAAGGUUGAUGUGCUUACUUUGAAGUGCAGUUUUGAUUUUCAGUAUACACGAGGCUAGGGCAAUUCUUCCUUAGAAUUUGCAAAACAUGGAGUAUUCGUUUCCUACAUACCCCCUUGAAGUUCUUACCUUUUCUUUCACAACCUCUUUUCCUUACGUCCCCUGUUUAGAUUUACCUAUGUUUACCUUCACUGUUUGUUUUCACAUCUUGUAUAGAAGCUAUGUUGUUUUGUGAUCUUACUAUAAGUCAUAAGAUUUUCUCGUAUCUUUUUUAUAAAUAUUUGUCAUUUUGCCUUUAUUUUAAUACGAAUCCAUGAAACUUUAAAAGCAUAUGUCAGGAAGACUAAUGGGAUAUAAUGAGAAAAGCAGCCUCGAAAAAGGUGCAAAUAGCAGUAACAAUACAAUUUGGUGACCUCAGAAACGCUCUCAUACCUGGAGAAAAAUCUGAUGAACCCUUUUUCUUUAAGGCUGUAUAUAGAACACUGGACAUGGCUGCACAGGACAUUAUUGCAGCUUUCCUCAAGCCAACAUUGGGGUCCUUGAAGUUUCAAAAACGAGACAUAUUAGUUUACUUUAGAUAUUAUUUUAUAAAUGAAGAUGCUAAACAGCUGAUAUACGUUUCAGUAUAAAAAAAAUAGAAAAAAACCAAGUUAAAAACCAUAAUGCCAAAAAACAAUGAAUGCAGAAUUCACUUGAUAAAAAAAUAAGAAUAAGAGCAAGGCCUGUGCAACAAAUAUGUUAAACCAACUUGAAACAAAAUGGGGGGAGGGAUGAAAAAAAAGGACAUACAUAAACAAACCAUUGCAUUUUCUUCUUAAUAGCAGAUACUUUGAAAGAUUGUAUUUGAAUUAAAAGAAGAAACAUAGAUAUAUGGACCAUAAAUAUGAAGUAUGGCUACUAAUUUAGAAACUUGUAACCAAAAAUUGCUUUAAACAAAGGGUUACAACCUUUGCAAGCCUAUUUGCCGAGUUAUAGCUGGAGAUAAGUAUAAAAAUGGGCAAAAAAGAGACUUCUUUCCAAAUUGGUUGUUUCCUCUAUUAAAUGCAAAUUCAAUCAGCUUAAAAUUCUUUCAAAACUUUAAAAUCAUAAUGCUAAACCAAAGUAUACUCUCAGAAAUUCAUUGUUAGGUAUAAUUGGGAAUAUCCUCGAAAUCUUUAAAAAAAUUCUCAAAGUGUGAGAAGGAGAGACCAAAUUUGGGUUAUAAAAGGAGGAAAACUUACAUCGACAAACAAGAAGACUUCAUUGAAACACUCUUCUAUGUAUGGCAGAAACUCCUCUCUGCAAAAAAGGAAGCAUAAAGGAUGAUAUUGCUAUAAAGAAGCAAAACAAUUUGACAAACAAAAUAAACAUCAUAUGCAACUGUUCUUGGUUUCAAUAAAUAAUACACAGACAAAAUAAUUGUGGUUUCAUACAAGCCGCAAAAUAACUUUCCUGUACUUCACAGAGAUCGAGCGAAGUUAUUAUCAAAACAAGAGCUUAUUAUAAAAACAGCAGGUUGCUAGCUAAGUACAAAUUUAGCAACAGUUAACAUGAUAUUGACUGUUUAAGGGCGGUAUUGUGAUCCAACAGUGACACAGAAUUUGUAACUGAGCUAUUAUCUUGGGUACCAGCGCCUCAGAGAGUCAAAGUAUUAAGAACGGGCAAUGCGAAGGAGAAUUGGAAAGGAAAGUUCGCAAUUCCCCAUUCUUAACCCUUGACUCUCUAAAAAACUGGUACCCAGGGUUCUGAAUUAUAAUAAAGUAAAGAAGAAAAGGAAUUGGAUAGACAAUUUAUCCAGAUAGAUAGACUUUUUAAUUUAAAGGUAUACGAGUAAAUAUCUUCUGUCAAGUUUCUCACAAUGUAAGCAAAGAUCUGCUCGUUAGAGGUAACCGGAUCUUGGGUCUUAAAGGAGUUGCCGUUGGCUGUAUAAAAACUCAGUUGCCCUUAUUUUUAGGCAGUUUUCUUAAAUUUAGCAAUUCAAUUCAAACAAUCACGUGGUAUCGAUUGUCGUAAAUUCUGACGUCAAGUGCCAUUCCAAUCAAGCCAAAAUGUGACGUCAGAUGAAAGUCCUUCUUUUCAACCGAUCAAAUGUGGCAGAUAACCAAUCAAUCUCAAAUCAAGAGUGAAGGAAGAUGGCACAAAGCGGGAUACCUUGCUAUCGAUGCGACAAGCGACUGUAUUUUGAUACGAGCACCGAACUAAGGCACCACUUGAAAACUAAACAUACGGAGAUCUUCUCUGACAGGGGUGAGUAAGAUUUGGCGUGCAAAAAUUGGAUUAGGCUCUACUAGGCUCAGAAAACGUGAGGACUAUCACCUUAACAGAAGAUUAUCACUCUUGUUUUCUAGAUUACUUUAGUAUCAUGAGAAUUUCUAAAACUGCUUAUAUUGCAGGGCAAAAUGAUCAAAACACAGAAGAAUGGGUACCAAAACACAAAGAAUUUGAAGAGUCUAAGUGGGAGAAAAAAAUGGAAACUGGUUUCGAAAAUAUCGCAAAGUUGCAGCAAGACAGCGUCGUAAAAAGCAGAACGAUAGCAAAACUUGAAGAGUCACUAAGAAUGGCCAAAGCUGAGAACGGCAGGCUAGAAAACACAUACAAUGAUUUGCGGAAGCAACUCAAAGAAGAACGCAAAAAGUACCAAACAUUUGAGGAGCAAAACACAAGGAAAUUCAAAAUGAAGACCUCACAAAUGCAGGAAAAACUGAGGGAAGUUGAAAAGAUUAACAAGAUUUUAUCAGAAGAAAAAACAUUCUUGAAAGGCCGAGUGGAUGAGAUGGUGAAGAGGGAAAACGAUAGCACGGACGCAGAUCGACUGAAACUUGCAGAAGAACAAUUAGAAGAAUCACAAAGACAACUGACUGACAACGAGCGACUGACAGCAGAAAAUAAACUGGAAAUGGAGAAACUAGAGCAAAUCAUCCAAAACUCGAAUGAAACUAUUGUGGAUCAAAGAAAAGACAUCUCAGAUUUGCAGCAAGAAAAUCAUCUGUUACAGGCGGAAAAUGACGAUUUGUACAAGACAAAUCGAGAUUUGGAUGAAAGAAUGAAGGAGAAAAAUAAAGAGCAUCAGCUGCAGUUUGAGGAGCUGAAGAGCAAAAAUACAAAGUUGACAGUGGAGCUAAACGAAAUGAGAGACAAAGUACUCGAAGUUGUCAGUGCAAACAAGAGGUGUCAGGAUGAACUUGCUCAAGAGGUUUACGCAAGAGAAAAUUGCGAACAGCAACUUUACGAAGCAAGAGAGGAGGCGGUUGACCUGAGAGCUAGGGUAGAUCUACGAGAGGUCAGAAUAAGGGAAUAUGAGAAUAAAUUUGAACUCAUGCAAACAGAGAUGGCAUUGUUACGGAAAGAUGUACUUAACGGCGAGGACAAUGAAAUUUUGAGAGCCAAAAAGCUCGAACUUCUAUACGGAAAUGAGCCACAAGAUGAACGAGAAAGAAUAUUUUCAGCCAGUUCAGCGAGUGAGGUUGAAGGGCAAAGAUUGAAUGAUAGAAAAUAUGGUAGAGUGAGAGACGGACAAGAGUUAAAUGCAGGAUACGACGAAACGAACAUUCCUGAAUUUGGGAACACCCCUACAAACAAGAAAAAUGGAAAUGACGAAGCAAUCGGCUGCUUAAUGUAUAAAGUUGGUUAUCUUGAGAACUUGUGUCUGGAGAGCAAGCAACAAAUUGACUAUUUACAAUGUACUUUCCACAAUUUAGUGACAAAAAUUGGCGAAAGUGCGAAGACGUACCGCGACAAAUGUGACACUCAAGAGGAUAUGUAUGAUGAGACACGAGAUUACAGAGAGCAUAAGCAUUUGCAAAUCGAGCAUAUUUGCGCAGAAUGCAAAUCGCUGCAAAUCAGUAUCCUUGAACUUGAGGCAGUAACCAAGCACCUUGCUGACAAAGUCGAGCAACUUGAAGACAAGGUUACUAAUCAAAACGAGGCGACAUUUCAAAACAAGGUAUGCUUUUCAAUUUUUCAUGUUACAAAAAAGCCUCGUUUGCAAAAUAUCAAAAUAAAGCAGCACAUAUUCAGUUGAACAAAUAAGUUGAAAAGUUCAGGAGUAAAAAAU